AUGCCUUGCAUCUGUGAGAUUGAUAGAUUUAUCUUUGACAUUCUAGUUCUAACCAAGCACUGGUACGCUGGCAUACUGGCCCGGAUCCGUAUCAAUGCCUUCCGGAUUGAAUUGGCUGGUGGAUUAUAUGAAGAUCUUCUUUUAUCAGCAGCAGCAUCAGUAGAAGCAGAAGCUGCUGUUGGAAAUGCUGUCUAUAUGCUUCCAUCCUUCUACAAUCAUGAUUGUGAUCCCAAUGCACACAUUUUAUGGAUAGAAAAUGUGGAUGCAAAAUUGAAGGCUCUCCGUGACAUUGAAGCAGGUGAAGAGAUGCGGAUAUGCUAUAUUGAUGCAAGUAUGGACCGUGAUGCUCGGCAAGCUAUCCUGUCCGAAGGCCAAAGAAGUGGAUUGCUGGUGUAUUUGGAGGACUCUUACAUAACCAGAAUUGAAUCACCUGGUUCCCACCCUACAUACUGGGAAACCACAAUAGGGACCAAAAUCGAGGACUGUCGGACGGUGGAGGGCGUGAUGAUUGCACACUCAAGACAAUCGAGCGCGAUCAUCACACAGUUUGAGGGCAAGGCCUGUGAUCACGAAAAGAACCUUGAUUGGAGAUCGCCAUUACAUCGAUGA